GGGGAAACGUGGAGCUGUUAAUGCUUGUGUUGUAGCUCAGUCUCAAUGGGUCUUUGCUUGCUUCUGUGAGAGGUGGUUCCCACCCACUUCUUUGUUGCUCUUUGUUCGAUCAGGAAAUACACCCUGCUUUGGAGGUUUCCGAGAGAGCUUUGGCAUCUUGCUUAUGAGGCUGUUCCUAGGUGGAGAGAAUCCUGGUGUAGGAACAUUUUGAGGAGUAGUGCAGAAGUACUAAAGAUUUUCAUCGGGUAAACUUGAAUUCACAGUACAGUGAAUUAUAAAAAUGAGCUAAUUCAGUAAUUUUUGAAUCCUAUUUCCUGUGUCACUCUAAAUUAUACUGAAUGGAGUAGUAACCUGUUUUACAGAUUUAAGCAAAAACGUUAACUUGAUAGUUUCUAGUAUCUGAUUCUUAAGAAGAAAUUUCAAAAUUUAACAGAGGCGAGCCUCAAUCCCCUGAAAACCCUGUCUGAUUUGUGUGAGGCCCAAAUUUUGGAUGCUGCUUCCUACGUUUGGUGUAUUGUAAAUCACAAAAUCUUGCAGUUGGAAACGACCCUAGAGGACUAGGUCACAGUAAAUCUGACCUUAACUUGAAAAGAGCCAUAUCACAUCUGUUCAGUUAGCACGGAUUAAGUACUCUUUUUAUGCUUGUUUAGUGUAAAAUAACUGCCUUUGUCAUCCGUAGAAAGAUCUGAUAUCUUAUCAAAAAAAGUCUAAAUUGUUUGAUGUACGGUAGCUAGUACAAAAUAGUAACAGCCAUGUUUAAAAAAUUUUUUUGAGAGGAUUACAUGUAUUUGUAACAAAUUGACGUGAAAUGAUGCCAUGUUGUAGGGGUGGAAAUGGGAGUAUAUUUUAAUUUUAAUAUGAAUUAUAUUUCUGAAAGUUUGUUAAAGAAUUCGUGCAUAUUUUAGGUUACUGGUGAAAUCUAGGCCGUACGUUCCCUGAUCAAAUUGGAAAGUGAACAACUAGAUGUAUAAUUCGAUUGCUGUACCUGAGGGCCAGCAACCAGGUGUGUUUAACUGACUUGUAAAGGAAUAGGAUACAAGUAAAACAGCUUCCACUCCAAAGAAUUAUAUGACUUGGAAGUAUGCAACAUGUAUUGGAUUGCGGGAACCACCUUGAACGGAUUUUUCUGGAUGUCUUAUUCAUUGGUAAAGUGAUAUUGGAAAUUACUAUUAUGGACAAGGUCAUCCUAUGAAACCUCAUAGAAUCCGCAUGACCCAUAACUUGCUCCUAAAUUAUGGCUUAUAUAGAAAAAUGGAAAUAUAUAGACCCCAUAAGGCCACUGCUGAAGAAAUGACAAAAUACCACAGUGAUGAGUACAUCAAAUUUCUGCGUUCAAUAAGACCAGAUAACAUGUCUGAGUAUAGUAAACAGAUGCAGAGAUUUAAUGUUGGAGAGGAUUGCCCAGUGUUUGAUGGACUCUUCGAGUUUUGUCAGCUCUCAACUGGUGGCUCAGUUGCUGGGGCUGUGAAGUUAAACCGACAACAAACUGAUAUGGCUGUUAACUGGGCUGGAGGAUUACAUCAUGCUAAGAAGUCAGAAGCAUCAGGAUUCUGUUAUGUUAAUGAUAUUGUGCUUGCCAUCCUUGAAUUGCUAAAGUAUCAUCAGAGAGUCUUAUAUAUUGAUAUUGAUAUCCAUCAUGGUGAUGGUGUUGAAGAAGCUUUUUAUACAACAGAUCGUGUAAUGACUGUAUCAUUCCAUAAAUAUGGGGAAUACUUUCCUGGCACUGGAGACUUGAGGGACAUUGGUGCAGGAAAAGGCAAAUACUAUGCUGUUAAUUUUCCAAUGAGAGAUGGUAUAGAUGAUGAGUCAUAUGGGCAGAUAUUUAAGCCGAUUAUCUCAAAAGUGAUGGAGAUGUAUCAACCUAGUGCUGUGGUAUUACAGUGUGGUGCAGACUCAUUAUCUGGUGAUAGACUUGGUUGCUUCAAUCUAACAGUCAAAGGUCAUGCUAAAUGUGUAGAAGUUGUAAAAACUUUCAAUUUACCAUUACUGAUGCUUGGAGGAGGUGGAUACACAAUCCGUAACGUUGCUCGAUGUUGGACUUAUGAGACUGCGGUUGCCCUUGAUUGUGAGAUUCCUAAUGAGUUGCCAUAUAAUGAUUACUUUGAGUAUUUUGGACCGGACUUCAAACUGCAUAUUAGCCCAUCAAACAUGACAAACCAGAACACUCCAGAAUAUAUGGAAAAAAUAAAACAGCGUUUAUUUGAAAAUUUGCGCAUGUUACCUCAUGCACCGGGUGUCCAAAUGCAAGCUAUUCCAGAAGAUGCUGUUCAUGAAGAUAGUGGAGAUGAAGAUGGAGAAGAUCCAGAUAAGAGAAUUUCUAUUCGAGCAUCAGAUAAGCGGAUAGCCUGUGAUGAAGAAUUCUCAGAUUCUGAGGAUGAAGGAGAAGGAGGUCGUAGAAAUGUGGCUGAUCAUAAGAAAGGAGCAAAGAAAGCUAGAAUCGAAGAAGACAAGAAGGAAACAGAGGAUAAAAAAGCAGAUGUUAAAGAAGAAGAUAAAUCCAAGGACAGUAGCGGUGAAAAAACAGAUACCAAAGGAGCCAAAUCGGAACAGCUCAGCAACCCUUGAAUUUGAGUCUCACAAAUUUCAGGAAACCAUAAAAAAAAUGAGAAAAUAUUGGGAAGAAAAAUGUUUUCUUUUUGAAGGAGACUUCUGGCUUCAUUUUAUACUACUUUGGCAUGGACUGUAUUUAUUUUCAAAAAGGCUUUUUUCAUUUUUGUUUUUCUUGGUAAGUUUUAUUGUGAGUUUUUCUAAUUAUGAAGCAAUUUUUUUUUCUCCACCAUGCUUUAUGUGAUAGUAUUUAAAAUUGAUGUGAGUUAUUAGGUCAAAAACUGAUCUAUUAAAGAAGUAAUUGGCCUUUCUGAGCUGAUUUUUUCCAUCUUUUGUAAUUAUCUUUAUUAAAAAAUUGUACUUGG